CCCCGCCGCGCCCCUUUUCCCGCGCGUGCGGGGCCCGGGGCCCGGUGUCCGUCCCCGCUCCGCCGGCUGCGACCUCCCCCCCUGCAUUUGCAUGCGAUUUGCAUGCGAUUUGCAUGCGGCGAGGCGCGGAGCGGCGGCGCGCAGCCAUGUCGGCGGCGGCGCCGCGGGGCUGCGCCGGGGCUCCGCGGGGCAGGGCCGGCGAGAAGCAGUGCUCAUGGGCUUCCUACAUGACCAACUCCCCGACGCUGAUCGUGAUGAUCGGGCUGCCCGCGCGGGGCAAGACCUACAUGUCCAAAAAGCUCACCCGCUAUCUCAACUGGAUCGGUGUGCCCACCAAAGUGUUUAAUUUAGGGGUGUAUCGGCGCGAGGCGGUGAAGUCCUACAAGUCCUACGACUUCUUCAGGCACGACAACAAAGAGGCCAUGGAAAUCCGCAAACGCUGCGCCUUGGUGGCCCUGGAAGAUGUGAAGUCUUAUCUCUUGGAGGAGUGCGGGCAAAUAGCUGUGUUUGACGCGACCAACACGACUCGGGAGCGACGGGACCUGAUCUUAAAUUUUGCUAAGGAAAAUGCUUUCAAGGUGUUUUUCGUGGAGUCUGUCUGUGAUGAUCCAGAGGUCAUUGCUGCCAAUAUCCUGGAGGUGAAAGUUUCCAGCCCCGACUAUCCAGAGAGGCACCGGGAGAACGUGAUGGACGACUUCCUGAAGAGGAUCGAGUGCUACAAGGUCACCUACCAGCCUCUGGACCCCGAUGCUAAUGACAAAGAUCUUUCCUUCAUUAAAGUGAUCAAUGUGGGCCAGCGGUUCCUGGUCAACAGAGUCCAGGAUUACAUCCAGAGUAAAAUCGUCUAUUACCUAAUGAACAUUCAUGUCCAGCCACGCACCAUCUACCUCUGCCGACACGGUGAGAGUGAAUAUAACCUUGUUGGCAAGAUUGGUGGGGACUCUGGUCUGUCAGCCCGAGGGAAGCAGUUUUCCCAAGCGCUGAAGAAGUUCAUCGAGGAGCAGGAGAUCGUGGAUCUGAAGGUGUGGACGAGCCAGCUGAAGAGGACGAUCCAGACGGCCGAGUCCCUGGGGGUGCUGUACGAGCAGUGGAAGAUCCUCAACGAGAUCGAUGCUGGGGUCUGUGAAGAAAUGACCUACGCAGAAAUCGAAGCCAAGUACCCAGAUGAGUUUGCCAUGAGGGAUCAGGAGAAGUACCUUUAUCGUUAUCCUGGAGGGGAGUCCUACCAGGACUUAGUCCAGCGCCUGGAGCCGGUAAUUAUGGAGCUGGAAAGGCAAGGCAACGUCCUUGUUAUCUCCCACCAGGCAGUUAUGAGGUGCCUCCUGGCUUAUUUUCUUGACAAGAGUGCAGAUGAGCUGCCCUACCUGCGCUGCCCCCUCCACACCAUUCUCAAGCUCACACCUGUUGCCUACGGCUGUAAAGUGGAGACAAUUACCCUGAAUGUGGAAGCAGUGAACACCCACCGGGACAAACCCUCCCUGAACUCACACGCCCUCCCCAGCAGGCAGAGCCCUGUGAGGAUGAGGAGGAACAGCUUUACCCCGCGGGCCAGCGCCGACAGCGUAAAGCGCCCGCGGCACCACAGCCUGGGCAGCAAACCCCUCAACCUGCUGGGGCCUCUGCCAUGCCUGGAAGCUCGAGAAGGGGCUGAGCAGCCACAGCUGGAAGUCCCUGUCCAGCCUCCAGUGGGAAAUGCAUGCCUCUGAGUACCACUGCAAGCAGCUUUGGGUGCUCUCUUUGGGAGAAUGGCCACUUUAGCUGUGUAGGGGUCCCUGCUUUCACCUGGGAUCCGGCUGGGAAUUCCACGGCCGGGAGGAGCCCGGCAGCUGGGACAGGAGCAUCCCUGGAGCACAGUGAGCCACGAGCCACCUCAGCCAGUACUCGCCUUGAACUGUGUUUUUAGAGCCUGUCUGUGUCUUUUCUCUCCAAUGUCUGUCCACGAGGCUGGAGAAUAUUUAUUGUGGAGAUUUUUCCAAGCUGCUUUUAACGCUCGUGAGCCAACGCAUUCCCGGGUGUUGAAAUGGUGUCCCACGUCUUUCCUCCUGGCCAGGUGCCAAAAUUAACCUCAGUGGGAGGACAAAAUAAUCAUGUUCUUACUCACUGAGGCAGCUUUUCUUUGGAAGAGGCAUUUCCAGGCCAAAUCCCCGAGCUUUUAUUCCUCCAUUACCAUUUCCAAGUUAUUUCCAAGUUCAAACACAAUUUUUUCUGUUGUUCAGCCGUCCAGGGAGCUCCAGGUAGAGUUUGACUUUCCCUCCGUGAGUGCUGGUGUGAAUCCCCCAAUCUGAGCCACUUCCUUUGCCCUGGGGAGGCUUUUGCUUGGAUGUAACACCCUGCACUUGCCAGGUCAGCACAUCCAUCCCCCGGGGUGCCUCCUGUGAGGGACAGAUGGCAAUAAACCCUCCUGUCCCUCUCUGGAAGCUCCCAGUGCUUUAAAUCCCACCUCAAACCCUAUUUUAGCUUCUCAUCCCCACCUAAACUUCAUCCUCUCGCUCAUUUUUCCUGCAUUUUGGGGAUGUUUUAUCCCUUACCCCAGAAAACGGGAGCGUGGCUGGGACCAGCAGUGCUCCUGGGCAGGGUUUGCAGGCAGCACAAGGUUUUUACCAGUUUUCUUUUUAAUACACCAAAUUUUAGACCCUCAACAAGCUUUUAACUUGCCUAUGAAUAAGCUGUGAAUGUUCCCAAUGCUGCCUUUCAUAGUUUUAAGCUGUUUUAGAGUUUAGGGCACAGGUGCUGCAGCUCCGUGUGGCUGUGUCUGACUUCGGUCCUUUCCUUAAAUCCCUUAAAACCCCAAAUUUUCAGUUCUCUCCCACAAGUCUUGACUUGCACUUUGCCAAACUCCAUUUCACCCCACUCCAGCUGUUCUUGCAAUAAGGGCAGGGCCCUCAGGUUGGGUGAAGAAAGGAACAUUUGGGUGCAGAGCAGGAGGCUGUUCUGGACCUGCUGUUCCCAGGUGACUCCAGGAUUUCUCUGAGCAGUUCUGGGCCCCAGAAGUUGCUCAUUUUAAAUGUGGGAAUUAACAUUGGAUAUACCCACAGCAGGGAAACUGUGCCCUGGCUGUGGAGGAGCUCAGCAACCCCAGAGUUCAAGGCUUACCUGGGCAUUUUGAGCUCGAAUUUGGUUGUUUUAAACACUCCCAGAGCUGUAAUUUGAUAAAACUGAGAUAGGACCGAGGCACUAAUCCUGACCCCUCAGGAUUUCAGAGGAGCAGAAGAAUGUGUUGAUCUAAAGCAGUUGUGCCACAGAGGGGUGAAAUUUGGUGGUGAGAAAUUGAAUUUUUUAAAUUUUCCUCCUCUGGCUUUCCCCCCCAGGGUGCAGCUGUCUGGUUUUGACUUUUAAAUGUUUUUAUGCUUAGAAAUCAACCAGGAAAAAAAAAAAAAAGAUUAAAUGUUGAAGGAAGAGAUUUAGAGCCUGUCCAUGGCAGUGCUUGCUGUCACACUCCAAAAUGCUCUGAAUGCACAACCCCGUCCUUGUCAGGCCGGCUGCUCCUACCAAACCCCUCCUGCUCUGUGGAAAAAAGGAGUGGAAAACGUACUGUAGGAUGUUUACGCACAAAAUGCUGGGGUGGCUCGCUGAAGAGUUCAUUAUGUUCAUAUCACUGAGCAGUAAAUGAUUGUAAGGAGACAAAAAUCUCUAUCUUUACCUGCCGGGAUUCGUGAAUGUCGCUGUUGAUGUGUUGGUGGUCGUGACUUUUUUUUAUCACUGCUGAAAAUCAGGUGUUUUGCAGUUUGGGUCAGUGGCUGGGGGUCCCUUAUUCCCAUGGAGUGGGUCCCUUUUUCGGCUGUGGGAUGGAAUUUCGUCCUUCUCUGCAGGGUUUGUGCCUCAGUGCUUUGAUUAAAGCUUUUUCCUCCUGCAUUUUAGCCUUGAAAAGCUUUGUGGUUUAAAGCAAACGUGUCUGGAGCAGAGCAGCAGCAGAUUUGGGAGCAGAUCAUUGCCCUGAGGGUCCUGCUGAGCCCUCCGAGGUGCAGGGCUGGGGUGCAGGGCUGGGGUGCUGCCAGCGGGCGUCUCCUGGCAGCUCCCUGUGCCAGGGAUUUCCUUGAAACCACCUGAUUUCCUUGGCACUGUGUGGGCAAACACCCCAGAAUAAACAAACGUUGCACAAUGGGGUUUUUGAGAUGUUUUUGGUGGAGCAGGCUCAGCAGCAGCUCGUGCUGUCAGUGGCAUCAGUGGCGUGGGCUGGGCAGGUGGAGGUGGGUUUGGAGGUGUGGAUGUGGGCCUGGCACCUUCCUGAGCAUUUCCCCACGGUUGGGGGUUUCUGUGACCCCCUGACUCUCUGGCCCUCUGUGCCCAGCAGCAAAGGUGGUGGUGGCUGCUGUCACCUUCAGUGGGACCUGUCCCUCUGUGUCACUGCAGAGAGAAAGGAGCACUUGGGCUGAAACUGCUCCCUCUCUGCUGCCAGUGGUGGGAAAAUCUGGAAAAUGGGGCAAAAGAGUUAAACCCAGCCUGGCUGGCUGAUCUGUGUGCACUGGCUGUGACCUCAGAGCUGUCACCUCUGCCGGGUGUCCCCUUCCCGGCAGCUCGGCUGGGUGACAGGGAAGAGCCUGGCCCGGGUGCCAAGGGGCUGAGGAGCUGCUGAGGGAGGAGAGGCACCUUCACCAGCACAUCCAGCAGCCACCUGCCCUGGGGGCUGUCCCCAGGCCUCACCCCGUGCCCCUCUGAAGGGCUCUGGGUGACCGCUGCCGGUGCCACCCCUGCUGUGCCCCUGCUCCUGGGCGCUGGUCACAGGCUGCAGCUCUGUCUGUAGGGUUUGGUGACAGGGGUCUUGCCCAGCUGCUUGUUAACUUUGCUGCUCUGCUGCCUUCUGAUUGUUUUUUUUUAGGUUUAAAACGCUGCAGUGUCUGUCAGCUUGUGCUGUGUGUUGUGUGCUCUGUGCACUUGAGCAUAAAUAUCUGUCAGUGUUUAUUUACAAUAAAGAGACUUAAAAAAAUGCA